CCUUGCGCCCUUGAGGAAACCGUGGACCUUAUUAGCUUGUGAGCCCUUGGACAGUCGAUCCAACCCAUCACCACUAUCUCCACUCCACUACAAGCAGAGGGCGGCCGCACCGCCCAGACACCCGAAUCGACAAGCAAUUCCAUCUUCUUUUUUCUGUUCCAAUCUCUUGCUCUUGUCGGGCGACUGCGUGGACAGACGACCCACUGACAAACAAAGCUACCGAGACCUCGACCAUGGCUUCACACGGCCGCCGAGACUACCAGAACCCCUUACUCGAAAACGACGAUGACGAUGACUUGAUAGACCCCGACGAUGGUAAAGGCCCCUGCCAUCUCAACGACUUUUGGUGCAUUGCAUUGCAUUGCAUGGGGCUACUCAGAUUACUAACAACCUGCACGAGGGGGACAGCCGACAUCAACGACUUUGACGAUCCUCUGCAACAGCAACAGCACCCGCACCACCAGCCGUCAUCCUCGUCGCGCGGCGCCCCGCCCCUGACGGGCAACAUCGGCAGCAGCGGCGGCGGCAGCAGCAAUGCGCAGUCGGCAUGGACGUCGCGGAUCCCGGGCGAGGACCGGCGCGCGCCGACCAACACGAUCGAUGAGACGGUGUGGGAGACGCUGCGGCGCGACCUGCUGGCCGUGUGGUCCAAGAUGCGCGAGGUGUUGUACCCGCGCUACCUGUUUGGCGGCACCAUGUUUGACGGCGGGGUCCAAGAUGGUGGCGGCCUGCGCGGCGCUUAUGCUAGCCUGCGCGGCGCGGGGCUCGCGGGCGCGCGCGACGAGCUCGCCGGGCUCGCCGGCCGCGUCAUGGACCCCGAGAGCCUGUUGUCGCACAACAACAUGACGCCCGGCCUGCGCGACUGGGACCUCUGGGGCCCGCUCGUCUUCUGCCUGCUACUGAGCGCCCUGCUCAGCUUCAAGAGCCGUGGCGACCAGAAGGCCAUCGUCUUCAGCGGCGUCUUCGCCAUGGUCUGGAUCGGCGAAGCCGUGGUCACGCUGCAGAUCAAGCUGCUAGGGGGGAAUAUAUCGUUCGCGCAGAGCGUCUGCAUCAUCGGCUACACCCUCUUCCCUCUCGUGCUGGCCGCGACACUGUCGGCCUUCUCGCUGCACUGGAUCGCCAGGAUCCCCAUCUACCUGCUGCUCGUCGGGUGGUCGCUGGCUGCCGGCGUGAGCAUCCUGGGCGGGAGCGGCGUCGUCAAGAACCGCGUCGGCCUGGCCGUCUAUCCCCUUUUCGUCUUUUACUUGGGUCUGGGAUGUCUCUGCUUUAUCAGUUAAGCGCUGCCUGCGAGGCGAGUGUGGCGGGGAAGGGAGUUUUUACUACCAGUUGACAACGAAUGACGGUUUGAAAAAAAAAA